GGCAGUGUUGCUGGUGCUGUGGUGGAGGACGGAUCUGUACUUGUUGACCACUCUCAACGUCCUGACACGAGGACUGACGAUCACUGGAGGUAAAUAACUCUCCCAGCUGCUGAGAUCUCUGAGUGUUUACCUGAUAUAUUUCGAAGAGAAUAUAUAACGAAAUUCGUGAAAUUUUGCGAGUGUUGAUGAUUUUUUGAAGUGUAGAAUAAUUUCUCGCUUUUGCAAAGAGCUUCAGUAUUAUAAGAAAGUGUUUCCAGCACGCUGUUGUGGAACACAAGAGACGCAACACUCACCAGUGUACGCCCAUACUGGAAUAAAACCAGCACCCACUUCGCUAUGGAUAGCCCAAGACCCUCAGGUCUACGCGCCCCCACCCGCCUCGGGCGAGCCAAUCUCAGUGUCACCAUCCCACUCUUCACCGAGCCUACAUCGCCUCAAUCUUCGAAGUCCUACAAGAUCGCCCCGCUCUCUACCCCCUCGCCUUCUGCUGGGGCCAACGGUGAGAGAGUCGACGCUGAGGUAGAGAAGCUUCGACGUCUCAGUGAGGAGUUCUCCAGGAAGGAAGAGGACACACUGUUAAACGGCACCAACAGUCCAGUAAGUCCAUUGCGGUCACCUUUCUCCUUCAUUAAAGGCUACAAAUAUAUUUUCAACAACAAUAACGUCAUCUCCAGCACCAAAAACGAGAUCUCCAGCACCAACAACGCCAAAAACGAGAUCUCCAGCACCAACAACGCCAAAAACGAGAUCUCCAGCACCAACAACGCCAAAAACGAGAUCUCCAGCACCAACAACGCCAAAAACGAGAUCUCCAGCACCAACAACACCAAAAACGAGAUAUUCAGAAGCAGCAACACCAACAACAUCACCUCCAACACAACACGCGUCAUCUCCAGCAGCAACAACACCGUAAACAGUGACAACAACAGCAGUUUUAAUUACAAGAGGAGCAACACUCCCCUGAGGGAGAACGGGCUGUCCCCAGCUUCCCCACAGAAGGUAUCAGCAGAGUCUUUCUUACCUUACACCUUCCCAGAGCUGCCAUCUUACAAGAUGCCUUCCCAGAGACGCUUCAGCGAGGAAGUCAACUUCCGUCGACCACUGGCAACUCUACAUGAAGACGAGGUGGUAGCCAGGCGCCGCUUCAGUGACGAUGUGCGCAAGAAGUCCCUGGACACCAGUGGAGUGCUGGACGACAUCCAUAAACACCAUAGACGUCUGUCUGAAGCUGGGGUGCGUCGUCUGUCUGAUGCCUCUGUUGUACUGACGGAGGACACUGACAGUUUCAUUAUCGGUGACCGAGUAUGGGUAGGAGGUACAAAAGGUGGCGUCAUCUCCUACAUUGGAGACACACAGUUUGCCCCGGGAGAGUGGGCUGGCGUUACUCUUGACGAACCUAUUGGUAAAAAUGAUGGAAGUGUUGCAGGAGUUCGUUACUUUCAGUGCGAGGCUAAAAAGGGGGUAUUUUCACGCCUCACUCGACUCUCACGGACGCCUCUCACUGACCAGGACAUAGAGAUCCUGACAUCACGAUCAUCAACAGUGGGAUCAGACUCUCCCAAAGUCAAUGGGACUCCUACGACAAGUGUGGCCGCUGGUCCCACUACUACCACACGUAAGGUCACCCCAACUAGUGCUUCCCCAGGCACCAAACACACUUCUGCCUCUGCUGCUUCUGUUAAGCCAGGUUCUCCUGCAGCUGCUUCCACACCAAAGAAAGCCUCUAGCUCUUCGUCAGCUUCGUCAUCUUCGGAGGUGAAGGUUGGGGAUCGUGUGGUGAUCACCAGUGCUGCCGGGGCUCGACACGGCACCCUGCGCUUCGUUGGGAAGACCGAUUUUGCAGAGGGCAUCUGGGCUGGGGUAGAACUAGAAGAACCAACUGGCAAAAAUGAUGGUUCAGUGGCUGGCAAAAAAUAUUUUGAAUGCAAAGAUUUGUUUGGUCUUUUUGCUCCUAUUGCUCGUGUGAGCAAAUGUCCCGGGGGUUCUACACCCCGUCGGACAUCUGUAGUACCCCAGGUGCCCCGAGCCACUGUUCGGCGAUCUAACAGCAGGGAGUCGCUGGGCGGAUCAUCCGUUGCAUCGUCCACCACUUCAUCUAUUCGGGGUACCAGGGUAAGACUUGGCGUCACAUCACUCACACCAGGCCAGCUUAGUGGAACACUACCACCAAAAUCCAUCUCCCGCUCUCCUCCUCCAAGCUUGACCCGCUCCACUGCUAGCUAUUUCAGGCACUCUACUCCCACAUUAACUCCAUUUCCUUCUUUGCUUUCUUGUUCUCAUUAUUCCCAGCCAGUUUCUGCAAAAUCCUUGCCAUCUCUCUCAUAUCAGUCAACUCAAUCUGCUGCCUCUGUUCCACCAAUAGUGACUAUUUCUCGACCAUCUCCAACGAUCACCAAAGAAUCGCCCAGCUUCUCUCUAAGUUUGCAUUCUUUGCAAUCCUUACCAUGUUCUUUAUCAAGCUCCAUUUCUCUACCUCACCCAAAAUCCAUCCCAACUAAACCAUUCAGCCACCGGACACAAAACAAACUGCAAGAUUCAUACUGUGGAGAAAGGAGACCAACCAGGAUCUCCACUUCCUCUGUGCCAAGCACCAAGGCCCUGCAGGAGGCAUUAGCAGAAAAGACACAACAUGUGGAUCAGCUCAUGCGGGAACGAGACGUCGAGAGAGCAGAGGUUGCUCGUAUGGCUGAACAAGCUGACGAAGCAACCAGGGCAGCACAUGACCUAAGACUACAGCUAGAUCAGUUGCAAGUAGAGUCUGAGGAAAAGUUGCACGACUUUGGGGAACGAAUUCGUAGUUUAGAGACGGAGAGAGAGGAAUUCCUUGCUAAAUUUGAAGAUAAGCAGAGAGAACUAGAUGAUUUAGCCUUCAGAUUAGAGGAAGAAUCCAUCACCAAGGCUGAUUUAGAGACUCAGAGCACAACAGAUGGAGAGAAAAUUAAAGAAAUGGAGAAGGAACUUGAAGACGCCCGAAGGAAGCUGAAAGAACGAGGAACAAUGCAGGCAAACAGAGCUUUCGAAAUGGAGGAAUUGGAAAUAAAUCUGCGAGCAAGUGUAGAAGAGCUUCAAGCAAGAAUAAUAGACAUGGAAAGUGACAAGGAAACAUUGGAAGAUGUUUUAUCGAAGCAGUCAGAAGAGCUUAAAUCUCUGGAGACCAAUAAUGAAGCACUGAAAAACGACAUCAAUGAACGUGAGCAAAAGCUUAAACUACUAGAAUCUAGCAUGGAAGAAGAACAACUUCGAUCUAGAGAAAAAACUUCAGAAAUAAUGGAGAGAGAGAAACGAAUAUUGGAGAUGCAACUGGAGCUGGAUAAGAAAGGGAAGGAUGUGAAUGCUGCAACACAACAAAUAGAGGAGUUGUUGAAAAAUGUUGAAUGGGAAAAAUCUGAGAAAGAAGCUGUUUGCAAAGAAAUUCAAGAAAUCCGGGUGCAGUUGAAUUCUGGGACAUCUGAAACCUCAAAUCUUAUGGGAGAGAUAAGUAAGCUGAAGGAAGAACUGAGGGAGGCAACCAGUCAUCAUCAACAAGCUGUAGAAAAGAUAACUUCAAUAGAGAGCCAUAAAUCAGAAUUAGAAGUGCAGCUACAGAAAGCUAACUCUACAAUAUCUGACAUUGAAGGGAAACUUACUCAAGCUACAAUCAGUUUUAAACAAAAGGAGGAGCAGCUACAAAACCUUACGGAGAGACUGCAGGAGACGGAAGUAAACCUUAAAAGUGAGCAGGAGACCAGAGAGGCUGAGAAACAGGCAAGAGACAAGCAGUAUUUAGAGCAGGAAGAAGAAUACAAGCAAAAAUUGCAGAAGUUUGAUGAACAGACCAAAUAUCUGGAAAGCAGAAUUGCAGACAGAGAAGCAGAGAUCAGUGACUCUGUUCAACAGCUGACAGAGGCAGAGUCCAAAAUUGUGGCUCUCGACAAGCAGAAAGACCAGUUAAAGGAGCAGGUGGCCGCCUAUCUCUCCUCAUCCUCGGAUUCUUCAGAACAACUAAACACCUUAAAGAAUCAGCUAAAAGAGAAGGAUAAGCAACUUGAAAGUAUUCAGGAACUGCUACAGGAGAAAGAAGUGGCAUUAUCACAAGAAAGAGCAGCCAGAGAAGGUGAUAAUGCUGCUAUAAAGCAACUACAGCAAGAAAAAGAGAAAUAUGAAAAGGAAUUAGAGCAGAUUCAAAACAAAUUUUCAUGUUUAGAAAAGGAAGUUGCUACGAAGGCAGAUGAAAUUGCUUUUGUUAAGAAGCAGCACAGUGCUGAGCAAGAUGAGCUCUUGAAAAAGAAGGACCUAGAGCUUUAUGAGCUGCAGGAGCAAGUGAUGCUAAAGGAAGGAGAAAUGUCAGAAUUGGAGGAAAAAGUAAAAUGUCUGGAGAGUCAAGUGAGUGCAAUGACUGAUGCAUCAGCUGACUUAGAGGGAGGUAUGAAGCAGGCUCUUACUGACCUGCGUAUGGAGACAGAUCGUCUGCUUAAAGAGAAAGAGGAGAUAUUAAAAAGUAAGGUAGAAUUAGAAGAGCAGCUGUCUGUCCUGGAUAAAGAAAAUCGUAAACUACGCACAGAGUGGGAGGAGAACCUCUUAGCUGUGACAGAGAGGGAUCAGAAGGUGGCAGCCAUGAAAGCCGAAGUGGAACAUUUGAUGAGCACGUUCAAUACUCACCGUGAGGAGCUGCAGAAACAGCUGGUGCAAGCACAGGCUGACAAGGAGGCCAUGGCUGAAAUGCACAAGACUUUUGAGGGUGAGCUGGUGCGCUUGGACUGUCUGCAGGAGAGCUUGUCAGUGUCGGAAGAAGAGAAGAAUAUCCUGCAGAUAGAGAAAACUAAAUUAGAAGAAGAAAUUUCAAGGUUAAAGGGCAUUGAAGACGAAAAAUUAAAUCUAGUCCAUGAAAAAUGCAAAUUAGAAGAAGAAGUGAAACAAAUACAAAUAAUUGAAACCGAGAAAUUAUCGUUAUUGGAAGAAAAAAGUAAAAUUGAGAAAGAUUACAGAGAGAAGAUUGAUGACUUUAGAGAGGAGAAAGAAAAGCUACUCCAAGAGCAGAGUAAGAUGGAGGAAGAGAUUAGGAGUCUGAAGAAGUCUGAGGAGGAGAGGUCAAGGCUGGGUGGGGAUGUGGAGAGGCUGGAGGCAGAACUCACCAAAAUGAUGCAAAUUCAAGAAAAUAAUGCCACAUUAACAUCAGAAUUAGAAAAAGUGAAAGAGGAAAAAAUGAAGCUUCUCUCUGAUAUGAAAGCUAAAGAGGAGCAAUUAUUACUCAAAAAGCAACUAGAAGAGGACAAUAUUAGACUGAACUCGAGUAUCAAAACUUGUGUUGAGGAAAAGAAUAAGGUUUUGAUUGACAUAGAGAAACUUGAAACUGAAACAGCCAAGAAAUUGAAAGAACUUGAGAGUGAGUGUAAUACAAUUAAGAAAACAGUGACAACACUACAAGAGGAGAAGAAGGCAACAGAGGAAGAGAAUACAAAACUGAGGAAUGAAAUAAAGAAACUCAGAUCGGUAGAGGAAGAAAAGAAGGAUAUAGAAUCAAAGAGUAUAGUUCUUGCCCAGAAUAUUGAGGAACUCAGACUAAGCCAUGAAGGACGUGUUGGUGAGCUCGAGAUAGAGAAAUUUAAUCUGGUGGAAGAGGUGGUAAGUCUACAGGAUCAGCUGUCACUGCUCAAGACUGAGAUGGUUGAAAUGGCCAGAAAGGCCAAGGCAGUUGAGGCAGAUGCAGAAGCUACCAGUAUUCUGCGGGCAAAAGUCAAUCUCCUGGAAACAGAGAAGCGGAGACUUGAGAAUAAAAUCGUUGAUUUGCGGGUUCAAGUUGCAUCAACAGAAAUUAGCAAUAAUGAUUCAGACAGCUUUUUAAAACAAAUGAAGGAUGAGAGGGAUCAGUUUGAGGGCCAAGUUCAUUUCCUGAACUCUGUCAUUGUUGAUAUGCAGAGAAAAAAUGAUGAACUUAAGACACGCAUUGAGAUAUUUGAGCUUGGAAAUGUAUCGGAUGACACCAAGGCAAAUAUGAAUGGAAUCAGUCCACCUGGUCGUCAUGUAGUAGCACCAAGAAUGUACUGUGAUAUCUGUGAUUGUUUUGAUGCCCACGAAACAGAAGACUGCCCCAAACAAGCUUCCUCAGACUCACCUCCUCCAUCUCGACACCAUGGCCAGAGAGACUCGGUUAGACCUUACUGUGAUACAUGUGAAGUGUUUGGUCAUGAAACAGGAGAUUGUACUGAUGAAACCUUCUAAAUAUGGCUGUGAAUUUUAACAUGGAGGCAACGUACUUGUCAAAGACACGCUUAAGGUUUACAAAAAUUGUAAAGAAAAUGGCUGAUUUGAAAAAAAAUUAUUUUGGGAUAACAGCAUGCUAGAGAAAUUUUCUUGUAUGUGAUAAUCAAAAAGUUUGUAACAGAGUCGUCCACAGUUGUACUUUAUUUUACUUGUUAAAUAUGAUGAUAGCAGGACUGUCAAUAAGUUUUAAAUAUAUCGGUUAAUUGACUUUGCUGGAAUGCAAGUAAUAUAUGUAAUAGCUGGAUCCAAGUGGUGUGCUAUUGAUAAUAUUGAAGAAAAAACAUCCGUUGUAGAAAAGGCAUUUAUUGGGACAAUUUUUCAUUUGUUAAAGCUUGUGACUUGAUGAAGCUGUUCAGAAAUUGUCCCAAUAAAAGCUUUUUUUAUUGCAACCAGUGUUUUCUUCAUAUGUUUACUAGUUGCGACAUAUAAAGCAAUAAUGUUUGCCUUAGAGUAUUUAAGAAACUAGGAGCUUUCAUGCAUAAAUAAACCAUUGAUAAAGUUAUCUAGGAACACAAGCAUGUAUAUUUCCCCUUGCAGAGUGCCUCUUAAAUUGAGAUUAUUUUAACAUUUAGUUAUUCAUGAUAGUUCUCUCCCAAUUCCCCCAAGCUGAUACUCACUUUGUUAAAUCUUGUUAUUCACUCCAGACAAUUUAUACACAUUUAGGUACUUUGGAAAUUGGUGAGAUUGUGGAUGUGUAGACAAACUGUGAACUAGGGAACUAUAAUGAUAUUUCUAUGAGCAGUACUGUACCUAAUACCUAAUUCUUUCCAUGUGUCAAGUUAUAUGUAUAGUAGUUCAACUUCCUUCACUGUUCUGAAUUGUGUUUGGUAACUCUCCAGCUUCUACAUUUGUUAAUAUGUUCCAGAGUUAAAUAUCCUUACUGGAGUAAAUUGUUCUUGUCCUACAAACAUCACUUUGUGUUUCUCAGUAAAUAGUUUAUUGUGUUAAGUGGGACUUUCUCUUUAAAUUAUUACAACUUUCUUGUAGCAUAAAUACUAGUGCAUUGUUGAUUUAGUCUAUUCACUACAGUCCCUAAAUGUUUGUAGUGAAUAACCUAUUUUGUAUAGUCAGGGUCUCCACUCUAAUUCUAUACCUUCAUCUCAGACCCCCCUGUCCCCUUGUGUAGUCAUGGUCUAUCUCAUUGAUUCUCUACCUUUAACUCAUCCUCCCCUUAUCUCCACUUUCAUAAACUGUAUAUUCAAAGGACUGAGCUGCUUUCUCCCUUCAGUUCAUUGAACAAAGAUAUUUAUUAGUUGAAUAACCAUGAGUCUGUCUUAUGUACCAUGCUGUUAUUUAGUUUAUUAUACAUUGUGAAAUUUGAUGUUUAUAAUCUACAAAUCUUGUCAAUCAACUAUGGUGGGGGGUUAGAACCUGUAAUCAGAGAGUCUGAAAACUCCAGACCGACGCAUUAGCCACUGGGUCAAGGUGUCAGUCUGGAGUUUUGAGAGACUGAUUACAAUUUUUAACCUCACCUGUGAUAUGGUUUGUUUACAAUCUUGUUCAGGAUCAGAGUAAGAACCUAUAGCUGAAAAGUUUUGAUGGAUUUAUAGUACACUAGAGUUCAAAAUAAUAAUUUUUUUUAUGAAUUCAUAUUUAAAUAUUUUAUGGGCUUGGUCUGGCACCUAGCCAGAGUAGGCUACUUUUGAUAUUAAACAAGAUUUAAGUAUUUAUAUACGUGAUUAUGUAAUUAGAGUUUGAUGAAAGUUAAGACGUGCAAUAUCUGGUUAUCUUUAUUGUAGACGUUUCGCCAUCCAGUGGCUUUAUCAAUAGAUUCGAGGACAUAAAUAGAAGACAGUAGAACUAUAUACAAAAGAUGCAGUAAUCAGUCCCUCAGCCUUGGAGUGGAGAGCACCGUGGUCGAAGAUAUUCUUUGACCACGGUGCUCUCCACUCCAAGGCUGAGGGACUGAUUACCUCAUCUUUUGUAUAUAGUUCUACUGUCUUCUAUUUAUGUCCUCGAAUCUAUUGAUAAAGCCACUGGAUGGCGAAACAUCUACAAUAAAGAUAACCAGAUGUUGUAUAUUUCUUAACUUUCAUCUUGUCAGUAUUGUAUACCUUUCUUGCACAUAAUUAGUUUGUGCUACAGUACUUCAAAGGACAUUUGUUUGUUUAUUAACAGUAUUGGAAUAAUAAAUAAUGUACAGUAUAUGGUGUAUGAAUAUUUUUUUAAAGCAAAAUAAAGUCUUGCUAUGCAAGUUA